AUGAAGUUCCUAGCAUUGAUUGUCGUGUUGGCAAUUUCUUUAAACGUGGUCACUGCUUGCACCCCGUCAACAAAUGGAAUGUGCAACCCAGAUCUGCUCCAAUGUUGUGGACUGCAAUUGAAAUCCGAUUUGGGUCUCUCUAAUUGUUAUGGCAUUCUUGCAUUCGAACCCGAAUGUCACCGACAAGAAAUUGAGAAUAUGUACAUCAAUGGUAUCAGUGGCUUGAUGAAAGUUUGCGACUCUUUCAAUAAGUAUUACGAAUGCCUUGGAUCUGCAAGACGAGAUUGCACCAGCAUCAGUUAUCAUGUCAAGGCCGGACUUCGACUACCUGACGCUGUGAAAGUUGUUUCUAUGUACAAGCAGUUUGGAUUUGCAUGUGGUGCUGGAUUCGAAGGAUUCGCUAACAACGAUGCUUGCAUGUCACAGAUCUUCGCUACCAAACAAACUCAGAUCAACAGUACUUUGAACAAUACACCGGAUGUUUCAACGCACUGUUUGAUCACAGCUCCUGCAACGCUGAGAGUACUUGGUGGGGGUGUGAAUACGCAAGACAAUCCGGAAGAGUUGUAUUACACGACUGCAACUUGCAAUGCUCCAAAAAACGAAAAUAGUUUAUCUUGUGUCGCCAAGCUCAACCAAUACUUAACUGCUGACAGUUGUACAGACGAUGAUGAGAAACCAAUUGCUUGCAUUCCAUUGGAUAUCAACAAUUUGAACUCAAUUGUUCAAUAUUCACCUCCAAAUUCAAUUGUUUUCGUGGUUACCAAUAUGGCUGUCAGUUCUAUAACCGGCGAUAUUGUUGAAGAUAUCAUUGCUACUUCGAUUGCCCGCAGAAUUCAGAUCAAUGUUCUUGUCUACAACAACACCGGAUUCCAGGCUGAUGACCCGAGUCUGGCAACUCUGAGUAACAUUGCAGCUGCUACUCUCGGUCAAUAUAUCUUGCCAAGUAUCGAAAAUGGCAAUGAGCAAUAUGCAAUGAUCACCGCGAACAAUCGAAAUUCGGUCUCCUUCCCCGUCUAUUGUGCUAGUUUCAGCUAUGCCAACUUUGCCUGUGGUUCUGACAUUGCUCCCGAGAAAACAGGAGAACGCAGUUUCAUUAUUGUCGCUGAGAAUAGCAAUGACACUAAUGUAACCAAAUCUUCUGUUGAUAACUUGUUCCGCAACAAAAACAGUUUCUUCUAUCAGCUCAUUGACCCACUAACGUUAGUUCCGUCGUCCCGAUACUCCAAUUUCCUAGCCGUACUGACAAAUGGAGAAACCUAUCAAAUCAAACAGUUGUUUGUUCUAUUUGUGCAAAGUUACACGCAAUAUGGAUCCGAUGUUUAUCAAUACAUGAACGACUUGGCAAUUGCCAGUGGUGGUAUUGCUGUCCGACUAGAUAACUAUGAUGAAUUGCAUACGUUCUUCACGUUAUAUUUCCCCACACUUAUUGCCAAUGAUAUUGUUGCAAAAGCAUACUCAAGUGAUACAAAACCUGGAAUUGCUCUGAACAACGUUUAUUUGCAAGAGCAAAAAUAUUAUCUUCUGUUGACAAACGAAGAUUCAAGUGAAGAUGGACCAGUUAAUGAUGGAGCAUUCCGGCCAGUGAUUUACUCUACUACCCCAUUCAACAGCAGUUCACAAAUUUCAAUCACUUACAGCGAUCCGGCCAACCCAGCAAAACCUAUCUACAACGGAUCCAUUAUUCCUGUUGAAGGGUGUGAAGAGUUCAAAUGGACGACAAACUAUGACUGGAUUUGUAGUGUUUCCGGAGGGCUAUAUCAUGUUAAGAUCGACAGUCCCUCAAACAGCGUAACCAGAACUUUUCCAAUCACUUGCCUCGGUCCUGAUGCAGGCGGAUGUUUGAACGGAGGACAUGAGGAGGGUGGCGUGUGUUCUUGUCCUCUGGAAUGGAGUGGUAAUAGCUGUCAAACUCCAAACUGUUUGAAUGGAGGAACUGUGACUACUGCUGACACUUGUGCUUGCAAUCCGGAGUUUACUGGAAGCUUCUGUGAAAGUUAUGGUGAUGACAUUAGUCCGAGAAUCGUCGAAUCAACCACGAACAGCAUGCAUUUGUUGGAUGCUUUGAAAAAUCGUAAUUCGACUGCUGUCUCCCCAUCGACAUCUCCAGCUGAUAGCGAUAUGUAUGCAGCUCUGAAACUUGCACUGGAUAACCAGCUUACAAACCGAGCUCUUUUUGUUGUCUACACCUCAAAUGCUGAUGUUUCUGUGAAUAGUGACUUCCUUAUCCGGUUAGCAACAAGAAGAGCUGAAGUCCGAGUUCUCUCGGUUGCAGGAACAGAGAGUCAGAAUUCGUUGGCACUGUCAUUGGUUGGAAAUGGAAUACCUUUUGCUGUAAAAGAGUCUACCAAUUUUCAAAAAACAGCUUACGGUUUCAACGAUCCAAAAGACAAUCCGAAUGGGGCCAAUGAAAUGGUUAAUUCGGGAGUGAGCUUCAACGAAGUCAAUCUUCUUCAUAUUUAUUCAACCCCAUUCGAUGAGAUUGCUCCAUCGAAUCCUGGCAACUUCCCAUACUUGUCUAUCAAAGAAAUUUUGGGAAAUGGAACACUAUCCGCGCCAACGACAUUAUUGUUCACUCGAAAAAGUUCAACUGGUUGCUUUUUCAAGUAUUUCACUACUCUUGACGUCUGCUCUCAAAGUGGAACAGUUGGUUAUCAAGUACAGGAUGGGAGCACAGUCUGCCAGGGACCUCACCGAACAAGCUCACCGAACAAGGAUUGUGAUUGUGAUUCAAAUUGGGGAGGAAUAGAUUGCACAGAGCCCGUUUGUGCAAAUGGAGUUAGAGAUAUGUCGAUUUGUCGAUGCCCGGUUGAUUUUUAUGGAUUGAGAUGUGAACAAAGCUUUGGGUUAACAUCUACAACGACAGCCGGUCCUAGUACCUCUGCAGCUUCUACAUCUAGCUCCACACAGCCUGCAUCCUCCUCCAGCCCAUCACAGACAACAAAUUCGGCAUCUUCCUCCAGCCCAUCACAGACCACGACGUCUUCAGUUCUGUCUACAACAAGUACACCUGCUCAACAAGAAGUCCGUGCUGUUGCAUUUAUCAUUGAUAUGCUUGGAAACGAUGACUAUGCAUUCAAUCAAACAUUUAUGUCCAUGGCUCAAUACUACAAACUGUUCAAGUACACACAUUACGUCAUGAUCAUUGGAAAUUUGAAUGUGGCGAAUGAACAUUCCAGCAAUAUUACAUUCCAGCAAUAUCCGAAUGAAACAUCAAUUUUGGCCAAGAAUGAUAUUUUCUUCUCUUAUAGAAGUACCGAGACUGGAGGAUCGAAUGUUUCUCUAUCCAUCGUUUACUCACCAUUUGCGAAAGAUGCAGAUCCAGCAGUUCCGGGCAACCUGACACGUUUCAGUCCAAACAUUACUAGCACUAGAGAUUAUUACGGAGGACUGGUUGCAAUGAAAAAUGAAACAUCAGCCAAUGCUCAUGUGGUUCUUCCGGAUAAGCCACCAACUGCUAGCUGUGUUUACUCGUUGCAAAGUAACGUGAGAGUAGCUAUCGAUCGUUCGUUGCCAAGUUCCGCUGAUAUUGAAACUGCUUUGAGCUCGUUCCUGAGUAAAUUCAAAGUGGGAUUCAAUUUCAUUGAAAAUGAUGAAGCUCGAGGACAAGUCACUACUAACUAUCUCAAUUACUUGAAGUUGGGCACUGAUAAUGCUUAUCACUUUGUGGUUCCAUUCUACGAUGUAACAGACAAGGAUAACGAUUUGUACUAUCAAAUAUUAGCUUCUCAACCAAAAGGAGCUGACUAUUAUUUGCUGCCGAAUGCUGCAACAGCGACAGACAUUCAAAAGGACGUUAUUGACAUUCUGUAUGACAAAAUUUGCCAAAGAAAAGAGUUGCAAGAAUCGAUGAGAAUGCUUGGCGGAAGAUCUAUGAUUUUGAGAAGAGGAGCAAGGAUUUGGAUGAGAUGGUUCGUAAGCAGGAGGAUGAGAUGUUCAAAAUGCAGGAGGAAAGAGCAACACUUCGUAAGCAGGAAGAACGUGACAAUGAGACUGUUAACAGAGCGUUUGCUAUCAUCUACAAUAUUCUGCUCCAGCAUUGCGACCAUUAUCGUGGACGUUUGGCAAUGGAGUCAUUCACCAGAAUUCACCUCUACAGCAUGGAAAUUCUGGAGAUGUUGA